GCAUGAAACUGCAGCUGAUCUAGGAAAUGCUUUCAACUUUGAGCAACUAGAUUAACAUAUUUGAAAUUGGACUCAUUCCAUUUUGUAGCAGAGCAAAACUGAUUUAUCAUGUAACAUUUUGCACAUAAGCCUGCAUGCUAACAACAACUCUUUUUACCCUACAGACAGCACAUCUAAAGUCUAUCCAUCUUUGAAACUGCAUUAUUUCAGUUUCUUGAAAAUAAACCAUAACUUUUCUCUGGCCAUUUGGAAUUAAUGCACAGAAAACUAUAUUGAACAUAGAUUCACAAGAGGUCUUAUUCAGCAAAACGUUACAAGAAUCAUUCUCCUUGGUCCUUUCAGCAAAACUCAAGUCUGAGCUUCUGAAAUGAAGACUUCACAGAAAUUUUAUCUCUUCUGUUUUUUUAUGCCCUUGGUGAAGCUAGCACCACCUAAUCAACACUCAACUCUGUUUCAUGAAACAUUCCAGCAAGGUUAUGAAGAUGCAUUAUUUCAGGAAGACUAUGGAGACUAUCCACAGGACGGAGUAAAAAAUAAGGAAGACAACACUUUCGUUUUCAAUGAAAAUAAUGUACAGCUGCAAAGAGAUGAUGAAAAACUUGCAGAGGGAACAACAAAUUAUACAACAAUGGCUACUUGUCUACUAUGUGUUUGUUUAAUUCGUUCAAUGUACUGUGAAGAAACUGAUAUGGAAAGUAUCCCUGUUCUGCCAAAGGAAACAGGUUACCUUUAUGCAAGAUUCAACAAAAUCAAGAAGGUGAAAGUAUCUGAUUUUGCUGAAAUUCCCACCCUAAGAAGAAUUGAUUUGACGGGAAAUGCAAUUCAAGAGAUUGAAGAUGGAGCCUUUGCAAAGUUAAUUCUACUAGAAGAACUUUCAUUAGCUGAUAAUCGGAUAGCCAAGCUUCCAGUUUUGCCUCCCAAACUAACUUCACUAAACCUAAAUAACAACAGAAUUAAAAGCAGAGGAGUUAAAGCAAAUGCUUUCAAGAAGCUGACAAAAUUGUCCUAUCUCUACUUAGCACAGAAUGCCCUGGAGUCUGUUCCUCCUAAUUUGCCAGAAAGCCUACGUAUUCUGCAUCUUCAGUUCAACAACAUAACCAGCAUCACAGAUGAAACUUUCUGCAAAGGAAACAAUCAGACCCGUUACGUUCGUCAGCGCAUGGAUGAGAUCAGAAUGGAAGGCAACCCAGUCAUCUUGGGAAAGUACCCCAAUGCUUUUAUUUGCUUGAAGAGUUUGCCUAUAGGCCAAUACUUUUAGUUGGUAACCAAACUGAAACACGUAAAAAUUAGGUAAAAUUACUGUUGUAUCACUGUUUUAAACAUGUCCUUGUAUUAAUAGCCUCUCACAUAUAUAUUCAGAACUUUUAAUGGUAACAAUGUAUUUAGAUCUUCCCUAAUGUGGUGAUAUUGCACCUUCUGAUUUAAAAAGUUUGAGCAUUUGUCUACUUUUAGAUAAUAGAUUCAAGCAUGAAACCAGGAAAAGGUAGCGACUCCUUCUGAGUAAUCAGAUUACAAAUUGAAUUAAAAUUGAUUUUAAAACUCUUACUGUUAUGAAUCUAAGAAUGCAUAGUAAAUCUAAAGGAAUGCAUUCUUUUAGGGGACAAGUAUAAUUUGAUUUAAUUCUGGAAGGACUGUAAAUAGACUGUACAAUACUUUGGAUUUAAAGAGGAAAAAAUCGUUCAGAGCACAUACUCUGUGCGAAGACAUAUAGGAGCUCUUGCAAUUCCUUAAAUCUGUUUUUCUCAGGAUCAUGCUGUAGCUCUGGAGGGCACUCACGUGUUCCUGGGAAAAGACUUAGCUCAUUUAGUAAGUUGCUGAUAAGGUGGUACAUAAGCAUCCUACAGUUCAAACUACCUUUUUUCUUUAAAAUGUGAGGGCUGCACUUAAUGAAAAAUCCAGGGAAUAUGGGGCCACAGACAGAUCAAGCUUCUGAUGCUUUCUCAGUCAAUGUAGAUACAGAUGGGAUAGGAAGGGCAAGCAACAGCUGAACGGGUGCUAGUUUGACACAGUUGAGUUGUUGAAAGGCCAAACAAGGCUAUGGCUUCCUGCUGCUGGCAGGCACAGCUAUUUAUGCAAGAAAGAACCAAUAUAAUACACAGGGAGAUAGGCUGAAAUUGCAACAUAGAUUAUAGAUUAAGCAGACCUUCCCAAUUCAACUUCUGAUGAUGAUGAAAGAAGAUAAUAUCAUUUAAAAUAUAUUAGCAAUCUAUUCUAAUCUUACUGGCAAAUGUCAUUCAUGAAAUGUGUUUUAAGAAAAAAGUGAGCCAAGCUUAUUAAAAGCGUUUAUCACGCUUAUCAAAAUGAAAGGGGAAAAAACACCAAUCAAUUUAUAUACUAUAGCAUAGAAGAUUUUGCUUAAAUGUUAGCCUGCCUGCCACAUCCAUUUGUGGAAUAGGGCCUUUUAUGUGCAUUGAGGGUGAGUACAAGUUUAAAAAAGUAAAAUAGAUCUCUUAAAUCUUGAGGAUUACACAGCCUAAUCUUUAAUGAAUUUGUGAAAUUUGUCUCCAACCAACCAACCAAUGUGGCAUAGUAUUUGCAAUAUGAAUAAGUAACAUUUUUGAAAUAUUUGUUGUAUUUAAAGCAUAUUCACUUAACCAAUAUCACAAUUUUGCUGUGAUAUCUGAAUUGUAAUCAGCUGAAUUAAUUCAUAAAAGUCAGCUUAGUUGAUUUCAACAUAGCAAUCAAACAAUUUGUAUGCAUGUAUCAGAUGGUUUUUUUUCCAGAAAUACCAGCAGUAUUAUUUGUACUCAUUCUCAUUCUUUGCAUAUGUUUGAUUAAGACAGAUAUAUUAUUUCUGAUUUAAUUAUUCACCGAUAUUGAAGACUAUUUUACAGCCAUGAGCCUUUGCUGUACCUAUACACUUUUAGCAAUUUAAGAUAUCAGACUUCAAUUAUAUGGUGAAUUUAUAUGAUGUGAAACCUUUACAGAGAUUUCUGAUUGAUUUUAGUCUGCAUAAGCUUCCUGUUGUCUAGAAUUCUCCAUGCCUAAUAAAUAAUUAUAAAGAAAAAA